CGUGUGCCAACCUUGUGUAGUCUAUGUCUAACCUCUCGGAAAGCAAGCAUACGAGCAAAAGGGCAUUUCUUCCGAGUCAUCUGUAUCACUCAAUUGUCUGAAGAAACUCCAGCCUGGAGAGUCUCUGAGCUCCGCCGUCUUUUCAAAUCGAACCAAGGUCUGAUACCACUAGUCAAAUGUUUCGUCACAGAUACCGCCUACACACCUGACACCAGCGUCUCAUUGUCACGCGGCCUCGCUUUAAUCCUAGAGCAUAUGAACAACCUGACGCUCGUCGGAUUGCAAGGUGUCCAUCUUCACAUCCUCCCCAGGCGAGACGCCUUUUUUGCUGCGUUUUCCGGCUGCACCAACCUUACCGACAUUCGUCUGGAAGAUAUCAGACUUAGUUUCCGAGGCUUACAGACCAUUCUCACCUCUGUGAAGCUCCCUGCCUGCUUUCGCCUAUCUAGUAUGCGUCUCGUCGACAUUGAGGAUCGUCGCGAACUCUAUUACGACGAAGCUCAAGAACCUCUUCUGGUUGACUUUCAAGAUUCUCAAUGCAAGCUUCCUCAACUCCAGAAAGAUCUUGAUCUAGGAACCAAGCAAUUAGUCUUGAAGUUGGUCUCGAUAUCAAAGAGCAUCUUUAUGGACAUGUUAACAACUUCGAAGUGCCGUAUCCUAACACUGGGGACCAUAAAAAGACUCGCCAUCCUCACUGCUACUUGUGACGGACUCGUUUGGAGCCGGAUCCAGACUUUUCUAGAAACCCCGCAGGUCAGAGACUCUGUGUCUGAGCUACACUUGAGCGAGGACCUCUUAUAUAACGACAACAAGAGGACCCGCAUGAAUGAGGAACAUCUAAACAUCCGACUUUCAUAAUGUGAACUCCUCGAGCUAUCCUUCUAUGUCAAAGAUUGGGCACUCAAUAAACGUCUACCUGGAUGGUUCGCGAAAGCUCUCCGGAAAAUCUCUCCUCGCCGUACCCCAAUCAAAAAAAUGACUGGGCUCACCUAGACGAUGCAUGCUGCAUCAAUGGACUUACUACCCUCGCAGAGAUUCAUCUGCGUCUGCAAAUUCAAGGUAAUUCCAACAACAUCCCCCCUCGUC